CAAUCGCAGCGCCAUCACACUUGAGGGCAAAGAGGUUAGAAAGCCGGCAUGGCGCUCCGGUCAAUAAAAUCGAUAGCUGGAAGCUGCCUGUGUUUCAGGCAAAGGCGGUGCAGUAGCGGCGCCGCCAUUUUCCCCGAAGGCAUCUUCCGGUGCCUUUCACCCAAGUUCGGGCAGGAGUUUCCUGAAUAACAGCGAAAGGUUUCCGUUAGCCCCGCAGGCGGCCGAUUCCGGUUCCCUCCGGGCCUCCCUGGGCACGCUCCGCCCGGGUCCGGCGGGGGCUCCCAAACCCCGGGGCCAGCUAGCUCCCAGGGGCCGAGGCCGGGACGGGGACGGUCGUGGCGCCGGCUUCUCGGACCCAAUGGCGCGGUCUUCCGCUCCGCUCCCCGCGCGGGGAGCGGGAGAGGCCGGACCCGGCCGGAGAAGGGGAAGGAGGCCAAGGGCGGUGAAGUUCGCGGACGUGGCCGUGUACUUCUCCCCGGAGGAGUGGGGGUGUCUGCGGCCCGCGCAGAGGGCCCUGUACCGGGACGUGAUGCGGGAGACCUACGGCCACCUGGGCUCGCUCGGGUGCGCAGGUCCCAAACCAUCCCUCAUCUCCUGGUUGGAACGAAAUACCGAUGAUUGGGAACCGGCUGCCCUGGAUCCACAGGAGUGCCCAAGGGGGGUAACAGUCCAGAGAAAAACCAGAACCAGAAAGAAGAACGAAGACAAGGAAGUCUUCCCGCCUAGGGAGGCACCCCGAAAGGGGAAGCGAGGGCGCCGGCCCAGCAAACCCCGCCUGAUCCCCCGGCAGACCUCCGGAGGGCCCAUCUGCCCUGACUGCGGCUGUACCUUUCCCGACCACCCGGCCCUGCAGAGCCACAAGUGUGCGCAGAACCUGAAAAAGCCUUACCCUUGUCCAGACUGCGGGCGCCGCUUUUCCUACCCGUCCCUGCUGGUCAGUCACCGGCGGGCGCACUCUGGGGAGUGUCCCUAUGUCUGCGACCAGUGUGGCAAGCGCUUCUCCCAGCGCAAGAACCUCUCCCAGCACCAGGUGAUCCACACCGGCGAGAAGCCCUACCACUGCCCUGACUGUGGCCGCUGCUUCCGGAGGAGCCGGUCCCUGGCCAAUCACCGGACCACGCACACGGGUGAAAAACCGCACCAGUGCCCGAGCUGCGGGCGGCGCUUCGCCUACCCCUCCCUGCUGGCCAUCCACCAGCGCACGCACACGGGCGAGAAGCCCUACACCUGCCUGGAGUGCAGCCGGCGCUUCCGCCAGCGCACGGCGCUCGUCAUCCACCAGCGCAUCCACACCGGCGAGAAGCCCUACCCGUGCCCGGACUGCGAGCGCCGUUUCUCCUCGUCCUCCCGCCUGGUCAGUCACCGGCGGGUGCACUCCGGGGAGCGGCCCUACGCCUGCGAGCACUGCGAGGCCCGCUUCUCGCAGCGCAGCACGCUGCUCCAGCACCAGCUGCUGCACACGGGCGAGAAGCCCUACCCGUGCCCGGACUGCGGCCGCGCCUUCCGGCGGAGCGGCUCCCUGGCCAUACACCGCAGCACGCACACCGAGGAGAAGCUGCACGCGUGCGGCGACUGCGGCCGCCGCUUCGCCUACCCCUCGCUGCUGGCCAGUCACCGGCGCGUGCACUCGGGCGAGCGGCCCUACGCCUGCGACCUGUGCUCCAAGCGCUUCGCCCAGUGGAGCCACCUGGCCCAGCACCAGCUCCUGCACACCGGGGAGAAGCCUUUCCCCUGCCUCGAGUGCGGCCGGUGCUUCCGCCAGAGAUGGUCCCUGGCCGUCCACAAGUGCAGCCCCAGGGUCCAGAACUGCAGCCCGAGAUCUGCUCUCGGGGGGCCGAACCAGAAGGGCGAUGCCCUUUGCCGGGCGCGGGGACCAGGCGGCCGCUGCUCGGGGCUGGGAGGCCCCAUGGCGCCGCCUCCAGCCCCGCUCCUGGUGCUGAGACCCGGGGAUACUGGGCCGGGUUGCAAGAAGCCCGCGGCCGUGAGGUUCGCGGACGUGGCCGUAUACUUCUCCCCGGAGGAGUGGGGGUGUCUGCGGCCCGCGCAGAGGGCCCUGUACCGGGACGUGAUGCGGGAGACCUACGGCCACCUGGGCGCGCUCGGAUUCCCAGGCCCCAAACCAGCCCUCAUCUCUUGGAUGGAACAGGAGAGUGAGGCUUGGAGCCCCGCCGCCCAGGAUCCUGAGGAGGGGGAAAGCCUGGGAGGACCUCUGAGAGGAGAUGCCGCAAACCAAAAGGAAGAUGAACCCGAGGCAGGGCCAGGAGCCAAAGGACCCAGAAAGACGUCCGGAAAGGAGAGGCCCGAAGAACUGGUUAAACACACCCCUGAGUCGACCAUCAGCAAAACCUCGGCCAGAGCACAGACACCCAGGAACGCUGCGCGGGACCAGAGCGCAGGUGCGCAGCCCCCGGUCCCGGUCCCCGGCGGCGGCGUGGAUGCUCAGGCCAGCCAGCGGCGCCACGUGUGCGCGGACUGCGGCCGCCGCUUCACCUACCCGUCGCUGCUGGUCAGCCACCGGCGCAUGCACUCCGGCGAGCGGCCCUUCCCCUGCCCCGAGUGUGGCAUGCGCUUCAAGAGGAAGUUCGCCGUGGAAGCGCACCAGUGGAUCCACCGCUCCUGCUCUGGCGGGCGGCGGGGCCGGAGGCCUGGGAUCCGGGCUGUGCCUCGGGCCCCGGUCCGAGGUGACCGGGACCCGCCAGUGCUGUUCCGCCACUACCCGGACAUCUUCGAGGAGUGCGGCUGAGCGGCUCCCGCACGCUGCCCUUGACGGAGCCUGACCUGGGCUCUAAGGACUGACUGGUCCCUGAGGGAAGCUCCUGUGUCAGGACCUAAAAUUCGUUCCUUGGGCCUCCCCCAGGGAUCCCUCAAGUUUCCAAGCUUGUAAAAAGAAAAGUGCCUGUAAAGAUUCAAAUAGAUUCAACUCGACACCCCCUCUCCCCAGUCUUUCUAAACAAAUGAAGGGAGUGAGAUGCUUGGACUUUUCUCAGCGUUAUCUCAGUAGCAGGGGCGACCAAGAUCUUGUGCAAACACUGUCUCCAAAAAUCAGCUCAGCGCUUAUCUGCUGCAGAGGGAAACGCUGCUGAGGGGACAAAGGCUGGAGAGGAGGCCACGGAUGCAAGGCAUGGCUAAACCCCGCCUAACUGACAGCCCCAGGAAGCCCUGCCAGUGACAUGGGUGCAAAGCAUACAGAAACCCCAGUUGCGGACUCAUCUCUGCACCUUGCCCCCAAGGCACAGCUGGUAAGUCACACACCCUGCCUGAGCCUCAGCUCCCUCCUCUGUAAAAUGAAGAUCAAUAAAAUCUACCUCAAAGGGUUACUGUGAAGAUUGCAAUUGUAACAAGAUUAUGUAUGGCAUAGUAAAUGUGCAAUAAAUAUUUGUUGAAAGAGUGAA